CUUUUAUCAUUAAGUUCGUCCGCUUCCUGAAUACUCGAGAGUUUCUGUAUAUGUAGAGAGAGAAACUGGAGCUAGAGAGAGAGCAGAGAAUCACUGAGAUCUAGAUCUGUGUGAAACUUCAUUCCAAUGGCUUCGAAACUGUUGCUGAGUAUAAUCUUCGUCUUUGAUCUCAUUGCUUUUGGCUUAGCUGUUGCCGCCGAGCAGAGAAGAAGCACUGCCACGGUUAAGCAAGACAAUGAAAAGGAUUAUAACUAUUGCGUCUAUGACUCAGACAUCUCGACUGGUUAUGGUGUUGGUGCAUUUUUGUUCCUCAUGGCUAGUCAAGUCCUUAUAAUGGCGGCAAGUCGAUGCUUCUGCUGUGGGAAGCCUUUGAACCCUGGAGGUUCAAGGGCUUGUGCAAUCCUUCUUUUCAUAAUCUGCUGGGUGACUUUCUUCAUUGCCGAAGUGUGCUUGCUUGCCGGUUCUGUGAGGAAUGCCUACCACACCAAGUAUAGGACCAUAUUCAAUGAAGAACCACCCUCUUGCGAGACUGUGAGAAAGGGAGUGUUUGCAGCGGGGGCAUCAUUCGUAUUCUUCACUCUCAUAGUCUCAGAGUUCUACUACAUUUGCUACUCAAAGGCCAGGGGAAGCUUCCAACCAUAUGGCGGAGCCGGAGAAGCUGGCGUGGGCAUGGUGGGAACCUACAAAUGAGCAUAGUUUAGGUGGCCAUGACUAUCACAUUGUCAUAUUCUGUUACUGCCUGGACUCUCUACAUCAAUUCGAUUGCUUCAUUGCCUGUUUGCAUCAGAUUUCACGUUUUAGGAGUUCAUUCUAGUUUGAGACAGCUUGUAUUCAAUUACAUGUCCAUAAAUUUUGAUGUGUUCAUGCUACUAUGAAUUUUUUUCGUUGUAUGGUGUUUAUGAAUAUCAAUAAUAGGGAGGCUGUUGUUUGUGUUUCUUUACAA